AUUCACAAAAGCUUUGUAACUGGCUGAUCACUCUAAUGGGAUCCAAUUUGUUAGUAAUUUGAUAUCAUAUAUAUCAAUCAGCAACACAAUUCGGUAGUUUUCUUGCUUGGAGGUUGAAUUAAUGGCGGUUUACACUGUCAAAGUAGAAGAAUCGAAGCCGGGGAGCGAUGAAAAGGCGUCGGCAGGGGCUGUGUAUAGGUCCAUUUAUGCUAAAAAUGGUCUCACGGAGCUGCCGGCCGGAAUGCACUCCCCUUGGGACUUCUUCAGUGAUUCUGUAAAGAGGAACCCAAAAAACCCAAUGCUGGGACGCCGCCAAAUCGUUGAUUCUAUGGGGGGUCCCUAUGUAUGGAUCACAUAUGACGAGGCCUAUGAUGUUGCCCUUCGAGUCGGCUCCGCCCUCCGCCGCCGCCAUCUCAAUCCUGGUGACCGGUGUGGCAUAUAUGGAUCGAAUUGCCCAGAAUGGAUCAUCUCAAUGCAGGCAUGUACUAGCCAUGGCAUAACCUAUGUCCCGCUGUACGACACGCUUGGUGCUAACGCCGUGGAGUUCAUCAUCGAUCAUGCUGAAGUUUCGAUAGCUUUUGUUCAAGAGAACAAGAUACCAGCUAUGCUAACAUGCCUCCCAAGGUGUACUUCACAUCUGAAAACUAUUGUCAGCUUUGGAGAGAUUUCCAGUAUGCAAAAGAAGGAAACUGAAGACCUAGGCAUUGCUUGCUUCUCUUGGAAAGAAUUCACUUUACUGGGAAGUUUGGAUCAUGAACUUCCUUCAAAACAGAGAACUGACAUCUGCACAAUCAUGUAUACAAGCGGAACAACAGCAGAACCUAAAGGUGUUAUUUUAACUAAUGGGGCUAUCAUGGCAGAAGUUUUGUCUACCGAUCAACUGCUAUUAGAAACAGACAAAGUGGGUACCGAAGAGGAUACAUACUUCUCAUUCCUUCCUCUGGCCCAUAUAUAUGACCAGAUAAUCGAAACCUAUUGCAUCUACAAGGGUUCUUCAAUAGGAUUUUGGCGAGGCGAUAUCAGAUAUUUGAUUGAGGACAUUGUUGAACUAAAACCAACUAUAUUUUGUGGAGUUCCUAGAGUUUUUGACCGUAUAUACACUGGUAUAAUGGAAAAAAUUUCACUGGGAGGUGCAUUGAGGAAGGCAUUGUUCCAGUAUGCAUAUAGCUACAAAUUGCGGAAUCUAGAGAAGGGAAUUCAACAAGACAAAGCCGCUCCUCUUCUGGACAGGCUCGUCUUUGAUAAGAUCAAACAAGGAUUUGGGGGGCGAGUUCGUAUAAUGUUAUCUGGAGCUGCACCUUUGCCAAGCCAUGUGGAGGAGUUUCUGAGGGUGACUUGCUGCUGUGUCUUAUCACAAGGAUACGGUCUUACUGAAAGCUGUGGUGGAUGUUUUACAUCCGUAGCCAAUGUGUUCUCUAUGAUGGGAACUGUUGGAGUCCCCAUGACAACCAUCGAGGCAAGGCUCGAGUCAGUGCCAGAACUGGGAUACAAUGCACUUGCUACUGUGCCACGUGGAGAGAUCUGCCUUAGGGGAAAAACCCUGUUCUCUGGCUACCACAAGCGACAAGAUCUAAUUGAAGAUGUCCUUGUGGAUGGGUGGUUCCAUACUGGUGACAUUGGAGAAUGGCAGCCAAAUGGAGCAAUGAAAAUCAUUGACAGGAAAAAAAACAUUUUCAAGCUGUCUCAAGGAGAAUAUAUUGCUGUGGAAAACAUCGAAAACACUUACUCCCGAUGCCCUCUUGUGACAUCUAUUUGGGUCUACGGGAACAGCUUUGAAUCGUUCCUUGUCGCCGUGGUGGUUCCUGAUAGAAAGAUGCUUGAGGAAUGGGUGGCGAACAAUAAUGAAAGCGGAGAUUUCAAACUGUUGUGUGAAAACUUGAAGGCAAGGAAGUAUAUUCUAGAUGAGCUCAAUAGCACCGGUCAGAAGCACAAACUUAGAGGUUUCGAAGUGUUGAAAGCAGUUCAUUUGGAGCCAAACCCUUUUGACAUUGAUAGGGAUUUGAUAACGCCGACAUUUAAACUGAAGAGGCCACAGUUACUGAAAUACUACAAGGACUGCAUUGAUCAACUCUACUAUGAAGCAAAGGGAAAAAAGCAAUGAAAGCAGUAUCAGAAUAUGAAAUUUCUGAACAAGAAAAGGUUUGGAUGCUUGUUCUUGUUCAUGGUUGUACAUAAUAUGAAUAAAUCGUCGAAGUUUUCCAGAUUAAUCUGAUGUUUCACAAUCAUAUAUGAAUAUGAAUUCAUAAUUCACAUUA